AAGUUUUUCCGGCUCCUAUUAAUGACGUAGAGGCCUGUGGUUGGCUGAGCCCCGUGGUUUGCGCUAACGGAAGUGACGCCUAAAGCUUGUGCCACAGUCGCAUGCUGGGAUUCCUAGCUGGAAGGUGGCAUGGCUGAGGCAGCUAGGGAAUUAGUGGCUCCUAACGAGUGGGUUCCAGCCUCGGAGGUGACGCCCGCACUGGGGCCCGUGAGCGGCACUGCUUCGCUGAGGAACAACUGGAUGCUGUGGUCGGCGCUGACUCCACCGCCGCCUCCUUCGUCGUCGCCUCUCGCACCCGGGUCAGAGCCUUGCACCGAGGCGCAGCCUCCCAUGCUGGCCCAGUCUCUCUCCGGGGCGCCGCCCCCCUUCGAUGCUCAGAUUCUUCCCGGAGCGCAGCCCCCUUUCGACGCCCAGUCCCCUUUUGAUUCUCAGCCUCAGCGGAGCGGCGUGCCUUCCUGGAAUUUCCAGGCGGCGACCUCAUGGUACUGGGGACAGUCUCCUGAGGGUUUUCCUCGGCAUCAGAAUCCCCACAACCCUCCGGGUAACCAUUCUUACUUUCCACGGAAGCAUGAUGCAAAGUUCAGUGACUUCAACAUUCCUCCCAAUAGAAAACAGAAAAAAAAGAAAAGAAAGGAGCCAGUUUUUCACUUUUUUUGUGAUACCUGUGAUCGUGGUUUUAAAAAUCAAGAAAAGUACGACACACACAUGUCUGAACACACAAAAUGUCCGGAAGUAGAUUGUUCUUUCAGUGCACAUGAGAAGAUUGUCCAGUUCCAUUGGAAAAAUAUGCAUGCUCCUGGAAUGAAGAAGAUCAAAUUGGACACUCCCGAGGAGAUUGCAAGGUGGAGGGAGGAAAGAAAAAGAAACUACCCAACUCUUGCCAAUAUUGAAAGGAAAAAGAAGCUAAAACUUGAAAAGGAAAAGAGAGGAGCAGUAUUGACAACAACACAGUAUGGCAAGAUGAAGGGAAUGGCCAGACAUUCACAGGUAUCCAAGAUCAGAAGUCCUGGCAGACAAAACAAGUGGAAAAAUGACAGUACCCGACAGGGAGUGGUUGGACCAGGCAAUCACGUGUGUGAUUCGAAACCUAAAGACCCACUUGAGGCAAAUGCAGAUCCUCUUGGUGUCUUGAUCAACAGUGACUCUGAAUCCGAUAAGGAGGAGAAACCACAGCAAACUGUCAUACCCAAGGAAGUGACGCCAGCCUUAUGCUCUCUGAUGAGCAGCUAUGACAAUCUGUCAGGGUCAGAGAGCGAGCCAGAAGAAACUCCAAUCAAGACUGAAGCAGACAUUCUGGCGGAAAACCAGUUUCUUCCUAGCACUACUCCUGAGAAUCCAAGGCAAGAUGUUAAAGCAACUGUUACAAAUUUCUCAGAAGCCAAGUGUGAGAACCAAAAGAAAAGUUUUAAAAAGACAAACCCUCAGAGGAAAAAAAAUUAUCCUAACUAUCAGACAUUAUUUGAACCAAGAACACACCAUCCAUAUCUCCUGGAAAUGCUUCUCGCUCCAGACAUUCGGCAUGAAAGAAAUGUGAUUUUGCAGUGUGUUCGGUACAUCAUCAAAAAAGACUUUUUUGGACUUGAUACUAAUUCUGAAAAAACUCAAGAUGUAUGAUGCCUCUACACACAUAACUGAAGCAUGUAAAAUAGUACCAGCCCCAAGUCAGUGGCAGCAAACCAAAACCCCCUUUUCUCCCAAAACUGGAUUAAUUAAAUUGUAAGCCUCACAGGAGAUUACAUUGGAUCUUCAAGUCUUUCCUUUGAGUCCUUGCAAAUAAAUACAUCACUGAUUUUUUAAAAACUGUG